AUGGAAUACUCGCAGGAGCAACUAAACUACUUCAGACUCUGCUACAUAGCAUUUGAUUUGGUUCCAGAGGGACUGCGGCAGAUUUUCAAAAACGAGUGGGAUUUCCUUUAUAAAGGACGGUUAACUAGAGAAUGGAAAGACACGGCACAAAAUGGUCAUGAUUUCUACAACAAAGAAUCUAAAGCAAGUCGCAAGAAAAACGCCCGAUGUCUGGCAGUAAUCCACAAUGGUGACACGGCAGAGUGGGACUGUACCUGUUUGUUUUUUGCCAUUCUGUACUCAGACAGCAUUGGUAAAACCUUAAGCCCAGCUGUCCGUAAAGAGGUCGAUGAUAUUCGUCAGGUGCGAAACGAGAUCGCUCAUAUCACUGAGGCUAAGUUGACAGAUGCCGACUUCCAAACUUCUGUAGACAGAGUGAUGAACGCUUUUACAUCCCUUGGUCUGGCUAUAACUGAGAUUCCAGAAAUAAAGAACCAGACGACCUUUCCGACGAAGGAAGUGGAAAAAAUUAGG